AUGCGGCAGCAUUCGCUCCCCAUUCGUGGAACUAAAGCGGGAGCAUCUUGUCCGAAUCACGUGGGCCUUUUCUCGACACGUAUCACUGUUUGCUUACCCCGCUCACAUAGCAAUUCAUUACAAGCCCCUAAAUCUACUGAAGAUCAGUCUUGCCAAUCCAUCCCUCAUGGUGAGGUUGAUAGACUUAAUCAUAUUAUCAAAACCAGAAUGUCUUCCUCAAUACUACCGACAUUAGAAUCCCUGCCAAAUGAAAUCCAUCAUGAGAUAAUCAGUAUGCUCGAUGCCUUCGACAAAUUGAUUCUCCGCACGAUGAACCAACAUUUCCGAGAGAUGAUACCUGCGACCACCGAAAACUUGCUUGCCACUGAGCAAGCCGACAAAGCAAUCAUGAGAAAUUUACUUGGAUGUUUCGACUGUAGAUGCCUCAGACGGGCUGUGCACUUCGCCGAUAACAUGUGCAAAGGGCCUCGACGCGUGGGUGGCAUCAGGUCGUCUUCACGAUUUUGUAUCGACUGUGGCCUUAAAGGCGGGCCCGGUAAGACUCGGUAUACUAGGGGAAGUAUUGUUACCGUUGGUGGUAAGCGCUUCAUUAAGUGCUGGUGUGAAAGGUUCGCCCAGGUUGCUGAGGAUAGCGAAGUUGAGGGCCAGCUUCUCUGCGUUCUGUGCUGGGAGCCUAUAGCUAGAAGACGAAAGAUGAGGGAUCAGGAGCGAGCGAAGGCAGCAAGAUCCCAAGCUAAAAAAGAGUACUACGCGCUUAUGCGGGACUUGGGCCGGGCGGAGUCUGAGAUCGAGGACUAUCUGCCGGAUGAUCUGAGGUCAGAUGAGGAUGACUAUGCUUGGAGUGUAGGUUCUGUUUAAAUGAUAUUAUCUUGGCCUAGUACUAGAGAUGUAGUCCGCCAAUAGUUCUGUAUCUCUACAUACUAUUACUCCUGGAACCCUCUUGGAAAGUGUUCCAUAUUUCGGAAAGCUCUAGGGUUUGAAAGACAUCUUUGUGCUCUUAGUAACGGUAAAUGCGGGUAAGUCGCGGUAAUCCUGGC